UGAUGAAAAGCGCCAAAUAUUUGACACAACAAUUGAUUAACUGAUCCAUACAUUACAUGAAAUUAGCCAACGAUUGUCUUCACUUAUCACAACAUUUGGUUCAUUAUCACCGACAAUGAUCAUCGACUGUGAAGCAGCACUUGUCAAUCCCAAACACAAUGAUCGGCCGCGCUAUAGUCGGGCCAAAGUUGGUCUGGCCAACGAUCACUCGUCAUCAGCGGUGGUCAUUGUGAUCACAAGUCAAUGUAAAGAGAAGUUCAAGAUUGUCAACAACUGUACUCUACACAAGACAACAAUCAGUUUUAAUUUACCCAAAAAGGAUCUCUAUAUUAGAAAUUGUGAUCAAUUGCUAUUAAAAGCAUUCAUGUCUUUGAUUAAUAAGAUCACAACACAUCAAACGAUACCAAAGUUGGCUAAUGUGUCCACUGUUGAGAAAAUGAAGCCAAAGCCUACAACACUGACCAUCAAAGACAACGCUUUCAGUGCCUCUGAUUUAUCCAACAAAUGUCUGCAAAAGUUGUCGAUCGAAACCUUUCGGACAAUUCCUCGACUCGUUUGGAAACUAAACAAUUUAUGUGAACUUAUACUAAAUAACUGCGAUUUAGUGGAUAUUCCUCACAAAUUACAAGACUUGAAGACAAAUCUUCGCAUUUUAGAUCUCUCUAAGAAUCACAUCAAAUGCAUCGACGGAUCAUUUGUGGUGGCGAUGAAACAUUUGAAAACAUUGAACUUGAGUCAUAAUCAACUGCAAUAUAUUCCUCUGGAGUUAAAAUCUAUGCAAAGUCUUGAGAAAUUGAAUGUAAGCCACAAUGAACUGUCAUCUGUGGUGCACUCAGUGGGAAGCAUAUCAUCUCUUAACGAUCUGGACAUAAGUCACAACCAAAUCAAUUCAUUGUCUUAUUCUUUAAUUAAAGAACUUUUACGUUACGUUCGACUCAAUAAUUUAGACACUUCUGGCAAUCCGUUGAGAGAGCGGUUAUUUACCACUUCUAUAAUCAUUAAUAAACCGUUUCCAACACUUAAAAGUCUAUGUUUGGCUAAUAUUGUGUCCACUAAUUGUCUGCUCAAUAAUUGUCACCAGAUUUUACCACAUACUCUAUAUAAAGAGUUGCAAAUUAAUGCCGAGAAAUGUUGUCAUUGCGGGGAAUCAGUGGUCGAUAAACGUAUGAAAUUGCGAUCAGUUCAUCAAAGUCUGGAGCAAAUAGUUACCAGCCUUUCAACAACACAUUUCCCGUCAUUCCCACACUUUCCUGCCAUACAAUAUGUUUGCUAUUUAUGUCUAUUUAAUAAAUCUCUUAUUUAA